GCCUGGCUUCAGUAAGCUCAGAGCUUUCGGCCGGUCUCCUUCAUCAGCCGUUCUUCUCUUCGUCGUCGGACGGACUUCACGGCGUUCUCUCGUGCAACAGUACAAAGUCAAAAUCGACCGAGUAAAACUGGAUUUUAUCCCGUGAAGAAGAACGUGGCCGAAACGGAGACACGAACUGAUUUAAAUAUAACUGAUAUAUCGAACCCCGAUGCAAUAAGCGUGUCUUGCUGUAGGUGAUCGAAAAAUUAUAAAUCGCUGGGGUUACGCUAUUAGGAGAUUCGUCCUGGGACGCGAAGUCAGCUACUGAAGGGAAAACGAGAUAAUCCAUUCGUGAUAUUUGAUUGUGAAUUAGAAUUCAGAUUCCAAGUUUCUAUUGUACAGGUGUGACGACUAAGAUUUAAAAAUAGGAAACGUACACACGUUCUUAUUCCUUCAAAAAAAUGCCGCUAUCUUCAUUCGUAUCGAAUGCCUGAAGACACCUGAGUCAUACGGAUAUGAAGCCAAAUUCGAGAUAACGGUCUGAAGCACCUGUCAGCUGCAAAGGGCGAGGAUAUCGGGCAAUAUGUGAGGGCACGUGCGUACGCGUUUCUUUGCGUGCGUGCGUGCGUGCGUGCGUUAAGUCGUCGGGAAUUACUUUUUUCUUUUUCUUUUUUUAUUCACGAACGAAGAAUCCCGAGGACAUUGAUAAAUCAAUUUCGCCGCCCGUAACAACAGUCGACGAUCAAUUGCCAUCGAAAUAAAUAAAAUGAGCUCUCGCGAGAUUUUUAGAUGAUAUGGAGGCCGAGGACGAAAUGGACGAGGAAUUGCCGGAAGCGGAUGAUCUCGAGGUAAAUCACAACAAUAACCUCGAGAAUUUUGGGACUAUGAAGAUUUCGACGAUGUCAAGAUCCUCGAAGACUCCUGACAGGGAGGACAGUGCUCUGGUGCAGUCCUCCCUGAACUCCGCACUGGAUGAAAAUUGUGAUUCGGAGCUCGCAAGUGAUUCUUCAGAGAUACAGGAACCAAUGCGAGAGGAAUCAAAACUAACCUUAAGUUCGAGUACGAAGACUGACUUGAAGGAAGGCGAUAUCAGCAGGCUACGUAGGAGCAGACGAGUAACCUGUCAAGAUACGAUUCACGAGUCCGAGGAAGAGGAAGGACUUACAAUGGACAAAGUAGCAAAAUACCUGGAAGCCAAUCCAAUCGCAAUUGAAGUAUGGUUACGGGAAAAGGCGAGUCCCGAUCUACGUCAGAGAUUACAAAAUUCAAGUCUCGUAACGAAAUCAUCGACCUCGAGUCUUCACCAAGAGGAGAAUGUAUUGAGCAGAAGUAAGCGUAAUAGCGUGACAUCUGAUCUUUUCCAAUCAUGGUUAGCAUCAAGUUCACCGGUGAAGAGGAGCAAGAGUCCUAGCAGGACAUCGACGUCUCUCAUGGGACGUAGAGAGGAACUGAAUAGGCUCGACGAGGGUGACCUGUUCAUGGAGUUGAUUCGCGACGUGGCGAAUGAAUUGGAUAUCAAUGUCCUGUGUCAUAAGAUACUGGUGAACGUCGGUCUACUUACACAUGCUGAUCGUGGUAGCCUCUUCUUGGCAAAAGGUCCCCUCGAGGACAGAUAUCUGGUUGCGAAACUUUUUGACGUUACCCAGGACACGGAACUGGAGGAAGCUGUGCAGAGAGCGAAAAACGAGGAGAUCAGGAUCCCAUUCGGGGUUGGAAUAGCAGGAUCGGUUGCGCAGAGUAAGCAGAUCAUCAAUAUCAAGGACGCCUAUAAGGAUCCGAGAUUUAACAGUGCCAUUGAUAUGAGAACGGGUUAUAAAACCACAUUGAUCUUGUCCAUGCCAAUAUGUAACUACGAGGGUGACGUGAUUGGAGUAGCCCAGAUCAUUAACAAGACCAAUGGCAGUAACGAAUUUACUGACAGAGACGUAGAAGUUUUUCAAAGGUACUUAACUUUCUGCGGCAUUGGAAUUCAAAAUGCCCAACUGUUCGAACUCUCGGUUCAGGAGUAUAGGAGGAAUCAGAUACUUUUGAACUUGGCCAGAAGCAUCUUCGAGGAACAAAACAAUCUCGAAUGCCUCGUUACGAAAAUCAUGACGGAAGCAAAGGAGCUGCUCAAGUGUGAAAGAUGCGCUGUUUAUCUGUUAGAUUUGGAUUGCGGAGAAGCGAGCCACCUGGAGAAAAUCGUUGAACGACCUGGAAGAUCGAUUCAAGAAAGUCGAAAACCGUUGUCUAGAAGAGAGAGUAAUAACAUUGAUAUGGAGGAUAUAUUUCAGCAACACGCAACCAGCGGCAACAAGUUCACGAUGGUAUUCGAAAUGGAAAACGAAACUCAGGAAGCUCGUAUAUAUCGACCAAGUUCGAGCAAUCUUUCGAGUCCCUUAGGACAAAUUGCCAGAUACGUAGCAACGACCGGACAAAUUUUGAAUAUCGGUGACGUGGCAACGUGGUUGAAGAGAGAGGUCCUCGACGCCGGAAGUGACCCAAUUAGAAGUAUCCUAUGUAUGCCAAUUGUAAAUGGGCAACGAGUGGUCAUUGGAGUGGCACAGCUGAUUAACAAGGACAACGGAACUUCCUUCACGGAUUCGGAUGUCUCGAUUUUCGAGGCAUUCGCCAUUUUUUGCGGUCUCGGUAUACACAACACACAGAUGUACGAAUCAGCUUGCAAGUUAAUGGCUAAACAGAAAGUCGCUCUGGAAUGUCUAAGUUAUCAUGCUACGGCAAGCAACGAAGACGCUCUGAAGCUCACGUCAGAUCCAAUUCCUUCGGCUGAAAAAUACAACCUUUACAGCUUCACUUUCAUCGACUUCGAUCUCAAGGAUGAGGAUACGUGUAGAGCUACCAUAAGGAUGUUUAAGCAAUGCGAUCUCAUUCAGAGAUUUCAUAUACCGUAUGACGUUUUGUGUCGCUGGAUAUUAAGUGUGAAAAAGAACUACAGACCAGUCAAGUAUCACAACUGGAGGCACGCGUUGAAUGUGGCUCAGACGAUGUUUGCCAUGUUGAAAACUGGCAAGAUGGAGCAAUUCAUGACAGACAUUGAGAUCCUGGGACUAUUGGUAGCUUGUCUUUGUCAUGAUUUGGAUCAUCGUGGUACAAAUAAUGCUUUUCAAACGAAAACAGAGUCGCCACUAGCGAUUCUCUACUCGACCAGCACCAUGGAGCACCAUCAUUUUGACCAGUGCGUCAUGAUACUCAAUUCCGACAGUAAUAACAUCUUCCAGAGUCUUUCCAUGGAAGAUUAUAGAAAAGUCAUGAGGGUCGUGGAGAACGCCAUCCUCUCCACUGACUUGGCCAUGUACUUUAAGAAGAAGAAUCGCUUCAUGGAGCUCAUAGACGAGGGCGAGUUUGAUUGGCAGAGCGAAGAGAAGAAAGAGUUGUUAUGCGGUAUGAUGAUGACAGCCUGUGACGUGAGCGCCAUUGCGAAACCCUGGGAGAUUCAGCAUCGCGUCGCCAAGUUGGUAGCUGAUGAAUUCUUCGACCAGGGUGACCUGGAGAAAUUACAAUUAAAUCAGCAGCCCGUGGCGAUGAUGGAUCGGGAGAAACGGGAUGAACUACCUCAGAUGCAGGUAGGGUUCAUCGACGUGAUAUGUCUGCCGCUGUACAGGGUCUUAUCGGACACCUUCCCCUGGAUCAUGCCACUCUACGAGGGUACCAUGGAGAACCGUAGGCACUGGCAGGAUCUCGCCGAGAAGGUGGAAAUGGGUCUGACCUGGAUAGACAGGGAUACCAUUGAAGAACCUGUAGAAGAGUUUGUCUCUUCGGAACCCAAGGAUAUUGAAUUCACAGUCACCACCCUGAACUGUGCUCAUACAGACAGGAAGGAAGGCGAACCAGAAACUUCCACGCAUGUACCAGAAGCCGCCAAAUCAUCCCUUGGCAAAUUUGCGUCUCUUAGAAAGGGUGGCAGGACCUUGAGCAAAGGCGUCAGACAUAGGUUCAGUAGAUCCUUGUACGCCAGGAGUAGCUCCGAGGACACUGGAAAAGCCAAAGUUUUACUACCGGAAAGGAAGAACAGGAACAAGCUUUGCUUACUCAUUUGACAACUGACAUCUGCCACCGUGGACAAUACUCCUGAGUGACUGAUGAUUCUAGAGAUUUAGGAUCUUUGCGUGAUUAAAAAAGACAAAAGCCUAAAGUGGCUUCCGACGGGAUAGUGAUUCCUGUUACACCUGGAUAAUCAGUGUUUAGGAUUUUGGAACUUUUAAAAGUACUAUUGACAGGUCGAAGGACUUAUUCAAUGGAAAACCAAAAGAUUUUAAUGAUCAAUCUGAGUAUGAAGAACGAUUAAGAUUUUGUCUGAUCCUUGUCAGUGCUAAUAUCCAAAAUCGAACUGUCGCUAGACCUUGUUCGAUUUCGCGAUACAAAAAAAAGUCGUAGAGGGAAAAGAAUUUUCUAGAGAUUAGGAGGAGCGUAGAAUAGAAUAUGGCUAGGCGAUUAGAUGGCGAUGACGGCUUCUUGUCGUCCUAUGAAUUGCUCACGGUCGUACAGGUAAAAAAAAAAUUGAGACGAAAAAAAAAAAGCAAAAGCAAGCUACCAGGUAUUAGUGAAUGUGGUAAACAGUAGGCAAAAGAAACAGAAGAUAAAAAUUGGGGCGAUAGACGAAAUGGAAAAAUUGUGAAAAAAAUAUGUUGAAUUUUGACAAUCUUUUUCUAUAAUUUGAAUAUACUAGGAUAGACCAGGCGACACGUCGAUGUCUUCAGGCUGAAAAUGGCGAGCCUCUUAUCCUUGGAGUGAAUUCGCUAAAAAAAAGGAGCCAGUAGAUCGUAAGGUAGAAAUUAAGUUAGAUCGUUAUCCAUUUCGAUUCCCCAUUUUACAAUGUGAUCUGCAAGGUCGAAGAUGUAUUUUUUGAAUGUUCAUCCCCCUCUAAGAGCAAAGUCCCUGAAAUACCCUCGUUCGAUCGUUACUCCCUUGUCCUAGUUAAUUAAUAUUGCCAAUGGCGAAUCAAGACAAAGAUUAGUCUCGUCGAUCACUGUUGAUGAGUUUCAGCUAUUAAGUUACAUAAGUGAAAUCUAUUUCUAGUCUUUUGAUAUAGCUGUGAACAUUGAGAGAACAUUAAAUGAGAUUCAAUAAAA